GUUACAUUGGAAGCGCCGACCUCCGGCGCCGACGACCGCGCUCCUUCCUCGGCCUCUUCCUCCGCGCUUCCGCGGUCCAUCAAGCUCGAGCUCCGCGCAAUCCUCCUCGGCUCCUCGACGUCGAUCCAUCAACGCCCCCAUCUUCCUAGCUUUCGAUCGACCUCCGGCAUGAAGGGUCUUGACCGACGAGCGUAUCAUUUCUCGCAGAGCCCACCGCGGGGGUCCCCGACGAGCGGCGAAGGUCGCAUCUCGCUUCGCGUGGACCAGCCCGUCGAAGGAUGCGAGGUCACGACGCAUGCGUUCUACCGGUCCUCGGAAGGCGACAUUGACGACGACGACUUCCACCUCAAGUUUUGCUGGUACAAGUCCAACUCGAAGCGCGCUUGCGCAAACAAGCAAUGCCCACGCAUUGGAAACGGUGAAGGCAACGUUGUCAUGCUCAUGGCGAAGAUCGAGUGCGCAGUCUGCUCGCGCAUGGGCAUCGCGAACGAAGAAUCGGGCUUUUGCACACCCGAAUGCUUCCGCAGCGGCUGGGGCCAGCAUCGGCAGCUCCACGACAUGCCAUCCAAGCAGCAAAACCAGCAGAACCGAACCGCCAAGGACGUUAGCGCAGCAAAAGAGAAGGUGCGCAGCCUCGACUUGCUCAACUCGGCCAUGGUCCCGGUCAAGGAAGAGACGUGGACCGCGCUGCAGGCCUCCAAGACGUACAUCCCGACCACGAGCGACGUGGGCCAUGUGCUUCGCGUCGAAUGCACGGCCAUGUAUCGGUCCGGCGAAGAGUGCGGCCCGCCCAAGUAUACCGAGACCAACAUCGUCCUUCCGUUUCCGCCGCUGGCGCCGAAGCGGCCGAUGAUUUCAAGCAUCAAGGACGCGGCCCGCGUCCGCUACAUUGGCUCGUUCCGCGUUCUCUCGUACAACGUGCUCGCCGAGAUUUACGCAACGCGACAGAUGUACCCGUACUGCCCGAUGUGGGCGCUCAACUGGUCGUUCCGGAAGCAGCUCCUCAAGUGCGAGCUCCAAGUCUACAACGCCGACAUCCUCUGCCUCCAAGAAGUACAAGCCGACCAUUACAAGAACUUUUUCCAGCCCAUGAUGACCGACCUUGGGUACGAAGGCCUCUACCUCCAGAAGACGCGCGAGUCGAUGGGCCUCGCGGGCAAAGUCGACGGGUGUGCGAUGUUUUACCGCAAGAAUCGGUUUUACCUCAAGGAGCAGUACUCGCUCGAGUUUAACGAAGCCGCCAACGACUUUGUCGCGUCGCUCCUCGCCAAUUUUGACAUGGCAUACCCGACGGCGUCGCACCACGAACGCGACUCGUACCAGGCCAGCCUCUCGCGCGUGCGCCAGCGCCUUGUGCGCGAUAAUGUGUCGCAGAUCGUCGUGCUCGAUGUGUUGCCCGAGGCAAAUGGCUCCAUGGUGCGCAAGCCCGUGCUACCGAGCAUCUGUGUUGCGAACGUGCACAUCUUUUCGAAUCCGGACUUCCCGGACGUCAAGCUGUGGCAGACCAACACCCUUCUCCAGCAGCUGGAGCAAAUUGCCAAUUCGAGACGGCUCCCGAUCAUCCUCUGCGGCGACUUUAACAGCGAGCCGCCGAGCGCUGUCUACGAAUUAUUGAGUCAGAACCACGUCCAGAGCGACCACCCGGAGCUGCAGCAGCUCUCGGAAGUCGUGCCCAUGACCAAAUUCGCGCACUCAAUGCCAUUUGCCAGCGCCUACGCGUCCGUGUGAGCCGGACUACACAAACUACACGGGCUCGUGGGUCGGUGUCGUCGACUACAUCUGGUUCACGUCCGACAAGCUCACGCCGGUGGCCGCGCUCAAGGUGCACUCGCCCGACGUGCUCAAGUCGUACGCACGCACGUGCUUGCCCAACUGCCAGUACCUCUCGGACCACGUCCCGCUCGUCGUCGACUUUUGUCUCAAGUCGCCGCCCUCGAUGGCACCCGGUCGGUAUUAGAUGUGUAUAGACGCUUCGUAACUGAAAGCCUUUUAUAUUGAAAC